UUAAAAUUUGUGAAACUAAAAUGUAAUAUGAGCAUAUUUAUUGAAUAUCUUGCAAAAGCUGCUGAUAAUAAUAAUUGCAUAACUCAGUAUAAUGUAGGGGAUUUAUAUAUUAAUGGUAAAUUGAGUGUGACUAAAAAUGUAUCACUUGGUAUGAAAUAUUUAAAAUUAGCUACAUCAGCUAGUUAUUCUAGAGCUAUUGAAUUAUUACAACAUUUUGAGAUUAUCAUUUUUCUUAGAAAAACUAAUAAAAUUUAUGAAGCAUUCCAAUAUAUUGCAUUAGUUGAUAAGCUAAAAUUGCAUUAA